AUGGCCACAAACAACGAAACCUCGAUCACUUUACUGGAUGCGAAGCGCUACAAUGAUGCUACCGCAAAGACAUGGUUCUCGUUUGCCGUCGAUGGACUGGAAGCGAUGAAGGGGACCUACGACAAGGACGCCAGAGAUGACCAGCAGUUUCUUGAAGUGGGUUGCGGUCCUGGACAUAUCACGCGUUACUGCCUGCUUCCCCGCUGCUUGCCAUGCCGGAGAAUCGUCGCAGUAGACGUGUCGAGGGACAUGGUGGAAUACGCGCAGACGCACUAUGCCCAUCCAACGAUCUCCUACGACAUCCUCGACAUCGUAACAGAUGACGUGGUCGACUUCGUCAAAAUGUAUGGAAGGUUUGAUCGCGUCUACUCCUUCAACUGUUUCAACUGGGUAGAAAAUCAGGAGAAAGCGUUCAAAAAUCUUGCAGAGCUAAUGGAACCAGGAGCCGAAUGUUUGUUGUGGUUCUUUGCUGCCAGUCCACAUAUUCGAUUUCGGCAGAACUUAAUCAAGAUGGCACGUUGGAAGAAGUACGCGGAGAUCUGCAGAAAUUAUAUUCCUCCCACCAUCGAUAUGAAUGGACCAGACGAAAUUCUUCCCUACAUUUUAAAUCUUUUGAAAUCCGCUAACCUUACACCAUCUGUAUGUGAGGUAACCAGGGAAGCACCCAUAAAAUAUCCAAGUCCCAAGACCAUAACCCACGAGCUGAUGGCAAUGAAUCCUUUGACAACAUUACUAACCGGGGCAGAGAAAUUGAAACUUCUUGAAGAUGCGAACAAAGAAGCUAUCAAACUUUGGACUAUGCAAGAAACCUAUGAAACUCCAAUAGAGUUUGACGUUGUCAGAUUGUGUGCAUUUAAGCCUCAACAAUGA